AUUUGACAUUGGAGGAUUCCUUAGCAAUUACUUUAGUUGAUCACUAUCCGACAAAGACUCCCAUGGGAGUUACUGCCGAGAAUUUAGCCAAAAUAUAUAAGAUCACUCGUGAACAAGCUGAUGAAUAUGCUUUAAGUAGUCAAAAACGUUGGGCUGCUGGAUAUUUUGAAAAUGAAAUUGUACCAAUUGAACUUAAAUUACGUAAAGGCCAAAUAAAAGUAUUCAAGACUGAUGAACAUCCACGUCCACAGACUGAAAUUCAAUCUUUACAAAAACUUUCUCCUGUGUUUAUCAAAGAUACUGGCACUGUGACAGCUGGUAAUGCAUCAGGUAUUAGUGAUGGAGCUGGUGCAGUGGUUGUAGCAUCAGAAUCAGCUGUUGAAGAACAUAAAUUAACACCUUUAGCAAGAAUUGUUAGCUACCAUGUUUCUGGAGUUGAACCCACAAUUAUGGGAAUCGGUCCUGUGCCUGCUAUCAAAAAUGCAUUAGAUAAAUCUGGCUUGAAAUUGAGUAACAUGGAUUUGAUUGAAGUUAAUGAGGCUUUUGCUGCUCAAUAUUUAGCUGUUGAAAAGGAAUUAGGAUUGGACAGAACUAUUUCACUUGGACAUCCACUUGCUGCGUCAGGAUCAAGAAUAUUGGCACAUUUAAUAAAUGAACUCCACAGAACCAAUAAAAAGUAUGGGUUAGGAUCUGCUUGUAUUGGUGGUG